CAUUUCUCGACGGGAGUACGCUGGAGGGGGCUCAGCUCUUGUUACUGGUGUCCACUGUACCGCACCAUCAUUUGACUCGUCGGAAGCACGAGGCUGAUGUCGCACUAAUCAGAUCAUACCCUUUUGAAAGUUAUCCGAGACGAUGACACUCAUCAGCCUCGGAGCCCGAUGCGUACUUUCACCAAACUAUUAUCAGUCCGAUAUUCAACUAUGGGAACGGAACUAUUAUCACGCCACCACUAUCAGUACCAGCAAUAAUAGUAUUCCAGUGCACAUCGCACCCUUUUUUUUUCUUUUUUUUUCUAGCCCUACCCACGGUCUAACCUAACCUAUCCCCGAAUUCGCAGCGGAUUCGUUGCAGAGGCAAGAGUCUCGCUAAAGUUUAGCGCGACUGACUCCGCCUCUAGUGCCCUUCGUGAUCCGAGAAAAUUCGGGGGAAACACAACAGCUGCCGCACAGGCUUAGCUGAUGAACAACGACUAUUAUACCGGUAAUUGCAACAGCGGCCAAAAGCACGACACACCCCCAGAGAAUUGUUACGCUGCACUCCUGACCUACUUCUGCACCGCGACAUCUCUGCUCAAAACGAUUGACUUACCUGUGCAUUUUCCUUCCUUACUUUCCUUUUUCGUUUUUCGCAACCCUGUCGCUCCAUCUGUGUUCCGCUCCUCACUGCCCUCCUAUCCCCCCCCCUCCGCCUCUCUCUCAACCUCAUGUCUCUCUCCGACGCCAUUUCUCCCUACUCCUCAUCCGCAUAUUCACUCGCCAAAGGUACAAUCGUGGCUUCGACUGGGUUGGCGCUCCUGCUCUCCGGACUGCUUUAUUUUAAGCAAAUGUUUGCUUCCCCUUUGUCGCAUCCCUUCUCCGGAUACAAUGGUCUGCUGACGGUCGUUCGGAUAAAGGGAGAUCAUAUAUCCCCGUUCAGUUCCGGAGGGAUCUAGGACUAGGGUGCCGACGCCGGACGAGUAUGGCGUGGAGAACUGGGAGCAUGUUGAGCUCAGGACGCCCGACGGAGAAUCGCUCAAGUGUUAUCUUCUCAGAGGCCGGAAGAGAAUGGAUAUGGGUGUAACAGUGCGCGCGCGCCCAGGCCUCUCGCGGAGCUCCGGUUUGAACUGCGCUGAUCCACCCAACUUUAGGUACUCUUCAUGCAUGGGAACGCUGGAAAUAUCGUGAGGAAUUCCCCUCCACCCCGAAACAAUUGAUUCGCCAGAAAAAUUUAUUGAUGCACGAGCGCGCAAUCAGGGCCACCGCUUGCCAAUUGCCAGAGUUUUCUCCGAGGAUAUGGGUGCCAAUAUCUUUAUCCUUUCGUAUCGCGGGUAAGUGUUCCUUAUCAUCCGCUAAAUCCUACUCGUUGCCGUCACUAAGGUAUGCGAUUGGGAGCUAGGUAUGGGUUAUCUUCUGGGCGCCCGUGCGAGAAGGGUCUCAACGUCGACGCACAGGUGGCCCUCGAGUAUCUGCUCAAGCGCAACGACACGAAGAAUAACAAAAUUGUAGUCUACGGCCAAUCUUUGGGCGGGGCACUCUCCAUUCAGCUCGUCUCGCGCAAUCAGGACAAGGUGCACGGCUUAAUACUCGAGAACACCUUUCGCUCCAUCCGGACGCUCAUCCCAACAGUUUUCCCACCAGCGCGAUUCCUCGCAAAACUCUGUCACCAGGUCUGGCCCAGCGAAGCGACUUUGCCGCAAAUUGUGGAUGUGCCAGUGCUUUUCCUGAGCGGGCUGAAAGAUGAACUCGUUCCGUUGGUUCCACAUGUUUAUUUUCUUUUUUCCCUCCUGCCCCCAUGUGGCGUCUUUUUUUCCAUCAGCUAACAAGCAGCGUUCGCCUUCACACAGACCAUCGCACAUGAAAACCCUAUUCGACAUCUGCAGGGCGAAAAAAGUAUGGAGAGAGUUGCCCGAGGGAAACCACAACGAGACUGUCGCUCAGGACGGAUACUUUGACUUCAUCUACGACUUUAUCCAGAAAAUUCGCUAUGGACACACAUCGGAUCUGAGCUAG